AUGCGUUUCGUCCCUCUCCUCCCUCUUCUGCCCUUGGCAGCAGCAGCACCGCUGCUUGAGCCAAAGGGAACCGCCGAAGUCAUUCCUGGAGAAUACAUCGUCGUCAUGAAGCCCGAGGCUAAAGAGACAGAAUUCUCACAUAUGCUUCACAUGUUCGAUAACGACGUACGCCACGUCUACAGCAUGGGUUCAUUCAGGGGCGCGGCGGGAAGCCUGGACGAUCAGCUGUUGAAUGCGGUACAAAACAUGGAUUCAGUCAUGUACAUCGAGCGUAACACCAAGGUCCACACCGCCGCCGUUACCCAAAGCAACGCUACGUGGGGCCUUGGUAGAAUCUCACACCGUCAGAAGGGCUCCUACAACUAUGUGUAUGAUGCGUCUGCUGGAGCAGGUACCUGCUCUUACAUCAUCGACACGGGCAUCUACACCGGCCACCCGGAUUUCGAAGGCCGUGCAAGCUUCCUCGCAGACUUCUCUGGAGAAAACAAUACAGUGGACGGCAACGGACACGGCACGCACGUCGCGGGCACAGUCGGUAGCAAGACGUACGGCGUGGCAAAGAAGACGUCUCUCUUCGCGGUGAAGGUGCUUCGUGCAGACGGUUCGGGCGACAGCUCUGGCGUGCUCAAGGGAAUUGAGUUCGCCGCCAUGAACGCCACGGCGAGACAAAAGGCAGGGCAAUGCCCGAAAGGAUCUGUUGCAAACAUGAGCCUCGGCGGACUGUACAACAAGGCGCAAAAGGACGCAGUCAAGGCAGCGAUCAAGACCGGGCUGUUCAUGUCGGUUGCAGCCGGCAACGACGGAUUGCCCUCGCUCUUCUUCAGCCCGGCAAACGAAGCGUCGGCCUGCACGGUAGGUGCCACGGAUAAGAACGACCGGCUGGCAUCCUUCAGCAACUGGGGGGCGCUGGUGGAUAUUCUGGCACCUGGGGUGGACAUUCAGUCGACGUGGAACGACGGAAAAACGAGGACGAUCUCUGGUACCUCAAUGGCGGCGCCGCACAUUGCCGGUCUUGGGGCGUAUCUCCUGGGGCUUGAGCAGCGUCGUGCGCCGAAGGCGUUGUGCCAACGCAUGCAGGACCUGUCUACGAAGAACAAAAUCUCGAACAACAAGCCGCAGACGAAGAACUACCUCGCGUUCAACGGCAUCAGUGCUUGA